AUGAAAUCUGCUCAGUUGCCGAUUUCCAUUCUCGAUCCAACUCCAGCACAAACUACUUUCACAAAUGUCAAAACCGCCCUCAGCAAACGUAAUUAUAAAGACACAGUCAGUCUUGCUUCAAUUGCGGUAGUUGAUAUCCAGCGAUUACAACUCAUGACUAUACUCGACCAUCGUGCCUACGCUCUCGGAAUGCAGGGUAGCUUUGACGCAGCAGUCAAGGACGCUGAGGAAAUGAUUGUUUAUGGACCUGAAAUGGCGGCAGGAUACCUUCGGCUUGGUUAUAUAUUGGAUCUGCAAGGCAAGCAGUCAAGGGCUGCUAAAGUGUAUCAAGAAGCCCUCGAAAAGGUGUCAAAAGAGGACUCAGCAUAUGCACAACUGCUGACCGGAAAGAAAGUGGCCAUGGAGAAAGCCGAGCGAAGGGUCGAUUUCCUUGCUACACUUCCAUUAGAGUUGGGCGACGACAUUAUCAUGCAGAUGCCGGACAAGACAAUGGCCAUUUGCUUGGAUGUCUCCACCACCUGGCGAAAGAGAGUAUCAGGCUGCCACUUGGCGUGGGUGAAUGUCUCUAAUGACGACGACACAGCACAUGCAAUUAUUGCGCGCGCUUUACCAUAUAUUGCCGAGCACAUAAAGGACCUAGUUAUCACAACUACGGACCCGUCGGUGUGGCUGAGAUACCUGUAUUAUAUGGAAAGGGGUCACUUUAGAACGAUCGAGGCAUUGGAAGUUACCAAUGCAGCGACCAAGCUUAUCAACACUAAUAUGAUCAUGGCACUGACCAGCGCGUUAUGGCAGAUGCGAAAUACACUUACCAGAUUGGAAUUCUGCUUCCACUCGUACCUGAUACCUAUUACCCUUACGGAUGUGCUAUUCUAUUGUACUCACCUCGAGUCUCUGGUAUUCAAUGCAUGGGAUUCUCUUGAAUUGAUUCUGGGCGACUUAGAGCUUCUCGGCGGGCCGCAUAAAAGACUCGUCGAUUUGGAGAUGACAAUAUCCCUAACAACAAGUGCAGCAGUCGAGCCAUUACUGAAACGGCUCCCUAAACUACGGCGACUGUCUUUAAACGAGAGCAUGCCGGAUGUGCUGGAUGUGGUGUACAGGACAUGUCCAAAUCUCGAAAUAUUUGGUUACAACCCCAGCUUUGGCAUUCCUGAUUUGGAUGAUUUGGAGGGGGACAGCAAUGGGCCUGGAUUACGCGCCAUUUAUACCGCUAACGGGGGAUACGGAACACCUACAGCAAAGUUUUUACCAUUCUUAAGGCGAGACAUGAAAACGCUGCAGACAGUUUAUGCAAACUUGUCGCUUACAGAAGACCAGGUGAAAAACGACGAGCCGUACGAAGAUCCCUAUCCAGCGUAUCGUGACUUGAACUUUGAACGACUGACGAGCUUGACGUUCUGGCCAGAUAAAUUUGGCAUUAUCCAAACCCUGAUUUUACGAGCUGUUUCAUCGUGCACAACGCUCAAUCAUAUUGCUGCCGUAGCAACACCCAAUGUACCCGCACUGGUCGAUACCCUUAUUACGCUGCCACCACUAGAAGAGAUGGAACUAUCGCACAUUACUGCGGAUGAUGGUGGUCCCAGUCUCGUACGCUUAUUCCAGCUGUAUGCCUCGUUGUCAGAAUCCAAGCAAAAGUUCCGGACUUUUUGGUUUCGGUAUUGCAAUUCUAUUACGGAUGAUGUCCUUGACGCCAUUGCCGGGAUCAAAUCGCUCAAGGAAGUGACGUUAACGGGUCUUGUCAAGGUGUCAGCGAGAGGUUUAAAGAGCUUUUUGAAAAGACUCAGCAAGAUUGGUGUGACAGAGGUCAAACUGGUUCAAAUGGCUGUAGUGGAUAACAGUGUGAUCGAAUUACUCGGCGAUAUGGAAGGACUCGAGACAGUGAUUCUGGAGAGUCUGUCAGAAAUCACAGACGAGGGCAUCAAGGGAAUGGUAGAUGGAGCAAAGGGGCUGCGCAGUUUGACGCUAGAUAAAUGUAAAACAAUAUCCAAAGAUACUGUAUCAUAUGUACAAAGAAGAGUCGGUCAUGUUGAAAUUAUCGAACAAUAA